AUGGCAUUGCCAGCGAGUCAUGAGCUACUUGUGUUUCUCGCAGAUGCGAAUCCUCAGGUAAGGCAGCUCGCUAUGUCAUCCAUCGUGUCAUUUAGUGGAAAAAACAAUCCCAACCGUCGUCUUUUGAUCGAUCCACUCAAAGAUGCGCAUGGUAAGCCAGUCUGUACGCCGAAGGGCGAGCCCUUGGACGUCAUUGAGCAGCUGAAGAAGCUCUGCAAUGACCAGCCCCUCACGGUGCACGAUGCACUCAGUGCGCUGAUCAACCUGUGUGAUACGGCGUCUGUCGCGGCGCGUAUUGGCGACGAAGAGUUCUUGGCCUUUCUUGUAACAUAUAUUGGCGACUCGGUCUCGCUCCUAGCUGAUCUAGCAUGCAUGCUGCUAUCGAACCUUACCAAGUUUGAGUCAAUUGCCUCCCGCCUGCUUACUAUGGAGGUGGAAGAUCGGCCUUUCUACUCAUUUCUCUCGCCGUUGGAUCUCCAGGUUGCCCUGCGAGGCUUGGAUGCAGACCCCUCGAAGCCCGAUUAUGAGGAGCAGAAACAAGCCGUCGAGGCUGCAUCAAAACGGCUCGCGAAUUCAAUGCAUGCAAAUGAGACGGCCAAAGUACCCGCGCUCGUCAAGCUCCUCCGUGCAUUUGAAGAGGGCGCUACCGUCGAGACAAGUCGCUCUAGCGAUGCAGAUAUGCGUGCUCGUAUCGAGGCAGCGAAGAAAGAGGCCGCUACUGCCUCAGAGGCAAAGCCGGUGGACAUGGGACCUGAUGGUCGUCCGCGCAUCCAGCGCAAGUCGACUUGCAACUUUCUGGCAAGUGUGUUUGCGAACGUGACAGUGUUGCCACGGGGCCGCGAAUUCUUUGUUGCUCCCAUGGAGGGCACAGAUCCACAACUUGUCGAUGCUUACCCCGUUGGCCGCAUGAUGGUGUAUACGGAACAUGCAGAUUUGAUUCGUCGCGGUGGCGUCAUUAGUGCGUUGAAGAAUAUUUUUUUCCUCAAGCAUGCGCACAAACUUCUUCUCGCUCCUACACCGGCUGCCGCACCCGUCGAUCGACCUUCCCUGGAUGUCCUGCCGUAUUUAUUGAUGCCGCUGAUUGACGGAAAGGAACUCGCAAAAGUUGAUAUAGAGGAUCAGGAGUCGUUGCCAGAGGCGUGCCAGCUGGUGGAUGAAAACAAGCCCCGUGAGAAAGACAGCGCAUUGCGCCUUAUGCUUGUUGAGUGCCUCUUGUUGCUAUGUACUUCCCAUUAUGGUCGUGAGAGUCUGCGUCAGCGAGGUGCUUACAUUGUUGUGCGUGAGGCGCACUUGGCUGAAGACAAGGAACAGAUUGCAGAGGCCAUUGUUCGACUGGUCAAUCUACUGAAGCGCGACGAGACAGACGCAACUAUGAAAGACGACCAGGACAUUCAGCUUCCUGCACAAGACGGCGAGGAGUGCGACCCUGACAUGGUGAUUGAAGAAUUGUGA